AACAACAACAACACCACAAGCAGCGAGCGCGCGGUCACAUGUCGAGAGGAGGAACCGCACGAGAGUCAGAAGAGACAGCGGCAGUCGGCGUCCGCACUCGUCCGCCAACCAGCGACUCCACUCCGGCUGCCGGCCCCGCACACAUGGUGCUCCUUCGGCACAUCUCGGUGGCGCUGACCGCUGCCGUGGCCGCGCUGGGCUCCGCGAUCUUCAUCGCCCUCAGCUACUUCUACCCGAGGCCAAUAUGUGCACCGUACGCCCAAUAUUCUACCAUCCAGGAAGAGGAAGAGGACCGCGGGAAGCGUCAGGUCCUGGUUCUGGGCUUGGACGGGGCCGGGAAGAGCAGCGUGCUUCAGAGCCUGACGCCCGGGCGGGCCAAGAGGAGCCGCUGCCGGCCCACCCGGGGCUUCAACUUCAUGAGCCUCAGCGUGCCCGCUUGUCAGCUGAACUUCCUGGAGAUUGGAGGUGGCGAGGAAUUGCGCUGCUACUGGUCUGAGUAUCUGAUCAGGACUCACGUGCUGGUCUACGUGGUGGACUCGUCCGACCGAAGCCGCCUCCCGCUGGCCAAGUCGGAGCUGCACCGCCUCCUGGAGGUGCAACCCCAGCUCCCCGUGGUGGUCCUGGGGAACAAACAGGAUAAACCGGAUGCCGUGAGCGUGUCAGAGCUCCACGAGGCCUUGUCUCUGGGCUCGGUGGCGGAGGACAGAAAUCUGUUCCUCCUGGGCACCCAGCUGGCCCCCGACGGGACCCUGAGGAACUCCUGCCGAGGCCUGGACACCUUCCAGGAUCUCCUGCUCGAGCUUGUCUGAUAAGGGGGAGGAAAAGGUGCUCCCUCCUCUUCCUCCUCAGGCAGAAGAGGUGGAAAAGGAUUGCGUCUGGAACUGUCUUCGAGGAGAAAAAGGAGCAAAGACUGGCAGCACACAAAAAAAUUACUUUUUAAAUCCACUUCCCCUCACAUCGUGCAUAUUUUCACAAUGGCUUGUUUAUGCGUGCCAAAUGAAACUAAUAACACAAGGACAAGUGACGCAUUUAUAAUGUAAGAGUCAAGUGAGUGAAGCACGGACCGUGGAGAAAUUUACAUGGAAAUUUUAAGAGCUUAUUUGUCUUGGAGCCCCUUUGUGAGAGAGUACAAAGGAUCAAAUCAAAAUAUCCACAAAGGUAACAUAAUUUUGUGUAUGGCCAACCUUUCCCGUGAAUAUUCAAAAAGUCAAAAGUCACAAAACCUAAGACGAGUGAAUCUUUUGACUGUGAGGCAAGAUGUACUAACCCAUAGAACACCGUGCUGCCAACUUUUCCAUGUCCCCUGCAAUGUGUGUGUGUAUCGUCGUCUUUUCGUGUCUGUCAGAUAAGCAGUUUGACACUGUUUUUAGUUUUCUCGUUUUUAUACUAUAGUGGUUAACUUAUUUUUGGAUUCUAAAUGUGACUCAAAACAUCACCUGUACAGUUACCAAAUGUUUUAAGUUUGAGCCUGGAAAAUAAAUAAAUAAAAUACACUGGACUUGGUUUUAUGGGGAAAAUUUGAUUAGGAAUCAGAAAAACUCUAAGGUCAACACUGUAAGUGCCGUAGCAGCCCAUUUUUUACAGAAAUGCACAAGAUCCUCAGCAUCUCGUCACUCGUUAAUAUCUAAUAUUGCCCAGCGACUGAUGGUUGGUCGAAUAAACUGAUUUUUGUUUUUUUUUAAAUGAAUGUGAUGUUUUAGUCCCUUUGAUGGUCUGUAGUCGUAGAAAUGUAUUCAUUUAAUGCGCUUAACACUUUCAUGACUUGAAAAGAGGCUUUGGCAAGAUGCUGUAUAUGCAUUUCAUGUGUCUAAAAUACAAAAAAUAUGCAAUAUAUGGAUUGCCCUUCUGCUUUGUUGUAAUUCA